CUAAAUAUUAGCAAGGAAUCAUUGACUUAAAUAUGGCGAGAAAGACUAGGUAAGGUGAGUGAAAACCCAGCAAGUAUUAUUAAUGUAAGUAUGGCAUGCAUGCCUUGGUAACAUACACCACAAUUAGAGAGAGAGAGAGAGAGAGAGAUGGCAGCAGAGGAUAUAGGCAAAAGUUCUCGGGAAGAAUACUCAAUGAAAGGUGGAAAUGAUGUAUACAGUUACGCAAACAACUCCUCCUACCAGAGAGGUGUCAUUGGUACUGCAAAAGAGCUAAUCACUGAUGCAAUCGCAGAAAAGCUUGAUUUCAACAACAUUGUUCUGUCAAACACGUUUCGAAUUGCAGAUUUAGGUUGCUCUGUUGGGCCUAACACGUUUUUUGCAAUACAAAACAUAAUCGAGGCAGUGCAGUGCAAGGGUAAAUGCCAAGGACUAGAUCCUCAGCUGCUUGAAUUUCAAGUUUUCUUCAAUGAUCACACCUCAAAUGAUUUCAAUACACUCUUCAAAUCUCUCCCACCAGAUGGGCAGUAUUAUGCUGCUGGUGUGGCAGGUUCUUUCUAUUGUCAUUUGUUUCCCAAUUCAUCUCUGCACUUUGUUCAUUCCUCUUAUGCUAUCCAUUGGCUCUCGAAAGUCCCGGAAUUGGUAGUCGACAAAACCUCCCCUGCUUGGAAUAAAGGAAGAAUCUACAUUGUAGAUUCAGAAGAAGAUGUUGUCAAGGCCUAUGAAGCUCAAUAUGCUGAAGAUAUGGAGUGUUUUCUGCAUGCCAGGGCUCAAGAGGUUGUGUGUGGUGGGUUGAUUGCCCUUAUCUUUGCUGGCCGUCCUAAUGGAGCCCCCCAUUCUCAAACUCCACAUACUUUCAUUUUUAAUCUUCUGGGAUCUUGCCUCAUGGACAUGGCCAGAAAGAGUAAAGUUAGUGAGGAAAAAGUGGACUCGUUUAAUAUACCAACGUAUUGGAUGUCUCCUCAAGAGCUUGAAGCUGCUGUGCAUCGAAAUGGAGAAUUUAGAAUAGAGAGAAUGGAGAAAUUGCCAGGCGUCAUUAAUUUUAGAGACCUUUCUAAAAGCCAAGUAAUUGCAUCUAACCUUCGAGCUGUAUUGGAGGGUCUGAUCAAGGCGCAUUUUGGAGAUGUGAUCUUAGAGGAGCUGUUUGAGUUAUUUAGAAAUAAAGUUGAAGAACAACUCCCCCUCAUCAUGUCAUUCAUAAAUACUGAUUUCUUUGCUCUUCUCAAACGCAAAGUAAAGGACUAAGCCCCACAUUUCUUUGCUUUGCAUUUGAGAAGAGUAAAGAAAGAGUAAUAUUAGGUACAAGCUCUCGAUAGACAAGUCCCAUUUAGAUCUUUUGUGAAAAAGUGGAUUUCAAUAAAAAAGAAUUGUUUUUUACAUUUUUUAAAGAUAUGGUCUACAUUUUUACAAAGGCUUCCAUGAGACUUGUUUAUUUAGGAUUUGUACAAAUCAUUUUUUUUUUUGUUGGGUUGGGGGGCUAAUGGGUUUUCAUUUUGCUGCUCUUCGUGUGCUAUUGAUGGCUUCUUCUUCUUGAUUAUAAUCUAUAUGUUUGAAAUGACAAGAUUUGAUUUAUUAGAUUCAAAUUUUCAAAUUAA